AGAGCUGCAAAUGCAGUGCGGACACGUUUAUUUUUAAAAAGGCAUCGGUACCAUUUAUUACCCAUCAUGGAAGAAACUGGUUGAAAAUCAAGUACUUUUAUAGAAGCGCAGCACCUGUCGGAGAUUGGCAGACCUCUGUCCGGGGGCCUGGAGUAUAAGGAAUACAAACAAUAUUCUCUUAAAGUUUAUUAUAUGGACAAACUGGUCCUUUGAAUUUAUUUCCAGAAGUAUACACAUCGUCGGCACGUUUCCCAGCGGUGUUUUCGCGGGGCUUUGGGGAAGUUCCCGUACCCCGCUGUAAUCCCACCAGUGAGAAUGAACAGAUCUCCGUGCGCAUCGCUCUCACUCUUCUUAUACUGUGUAGCGAGUGGGCUGCAGGAGGCGCUGAAGCUGCCGGCUCCGCUGCUGCUGCCCCCCGGCGACACGUUCCUGCACCAGGCUGGAGACUCGCUUCAUCUCGCCUGCAGGGGGCAGUCUGGGCUGAGCUGGAGCCUGCCCGGGCGAGACCUGGGAUCGGAGGGGGUCGCGGUGUACGAGGAGGCCUGCGAGGAUAGCGUGUACAGCCACUGCAGCCGCCUUGCCGUCCACGCACUGACACACAGGGACACCGGCUGGUACUCCUGCAGCUACAGCCAGCAGAGCCUGGACAAGGACAGCGCCACCUACGUCUUUGUCAGAGAUGAGCGGUGGCCCUUUGUGGAGCCGCACGCUUGGAGCCCACACGCCCUGUUUGUGUACGACGACGCCGACAGCAUCGUGGUGCCCUGCAGGGUCACGGCCCCUGACUUCAAUGUUUCGCUCUCAGGGAUCCCGCCCAGUGUCAGGGAUGCCGUGCAGUGGGACCCGAAGGUGGGCUUCCGGGUGCCUUUCAGCCGCCAGGCCCAUUAUGGCCUCCUGAAGUGUGCCGUGUCCCCCGACGGCUACCUCCACGAGUCCUACUACAUCACCCUGAAGCAGCCCUCCCUCCUGACGAAUGUCCGGAUCCAGCCGGAGCGUGUAGAGUUACUGGUGGGAGACACCCUGGAGCUGGUCUGCUCCGGAGACACCACCUUCAAUGGCAAGAUUGUCCUCACGUGGGAAGUUCCAGAGACCGCCGUGAAUCAGACGCAUGACUUCAGGAAGUACCGGGGCAUGCAGAAUAACGUGGUCUCCAUGAGCAACAAGCUGUUCGUGAGGGGCGUCACCCCGGCUGACAGCGGCCGGUACCACUGCAGAGCCCAGCUGCUCUCUGAGAAGCACGUGGCAGCGGACGUGCUCGUUCACGAGAGGCCUUUCCUCAACGUGUCACACAAGGGCAGCAGCGUGAUCAAUGUCCUGGAAGGCCAAAGACUGACCUUUGACCCCAUGGUCAGUGCGUAUCCCCUCCCCAGCACUGUCACAUGGUUCAAGGACGAUGCACCCCUCCAGGAAAACUCUACGUGCUGCAAGCAGUCGCAUUUCAGCCUCCUCCUCAAGGAGGUCCGGCAGGUGGACGCUGGCGUCUACACCGUUGUUGUGGACAACGAGGACAAAGGCCUGUCCGGGAAUCUGAGUUACACCCUUGUGGUGAAUGUGAAGCCUGUGAUCAUAGAGAAGGAAUUGGAUACGUUGACCCCCCAGCCCUACCUACUUGGGAGGGAGUACUCGCUCACCUGCACUGCCUUCGGAAACCCCAUGCCUGACAUCGUCUGGGAAUGGCAGCCCUGUGACCCGAACCCCACCCUCACACACUGUGAGCAGGCCUUCGAACCCAGGCGGGUCCAGUUUGGGGAGGCGGACCUCAGCGAUGCGAAGAUGAACCGACUCUACAACAGGAUCAAGGGCAUCGAGAGGAAGAGCGAGUCAGUCAAUGGCAGAAACAGAACCAUCAGCACACUAGUGGUGGCAGCAGCCGAAGUGUCCGGGAGCUAUACCUGCUUGGCCUGGAACGAAGUCGGCAAUCGGACAUGGAGCACACCUUUCUACGUGGAUGAUCACGUGGAGAGCAUCGGAAUAGAGCCUCAGAAAGCCAUCGAGGGGGACAAUGUGACAUUAGCAUGCCGGGCCACGCGGUACCUAUACACGGAGCUGCAUUGGUUCGGCCCGCAGAAUGCUACAGUCCUCGUCGCCGGCAGCACGCUGCAGGUUGAGCCGUACUCCAUCUUCCUGCCACUCGCUCUUGGAAGUGUGCCCAGGGGUAAUGUCCGGGACUACGAGUGCCGAGCACGUAACAGCUACACCCACCGGGUCGUCCUCAGGAAGUCUCAGCUGGUUGUUGAGGCCAGGAGAGGCCCGUGGGUGCAGGUGAACUUGACCAGCCAGGCAGUGAACGCCAGCAGCACGCUGAACAUGGUCUGCCACGCCCAUGGCGUCCCACCCCCCCACAUCGCCUGGCUCAAAGACGGGACCCCCCUGCAGGAGGCACCAGGAAUCGCCCUGACCCCCAGUGGUAUGCUGACCAUCGAGAGGGUGAAGAAGGAGGAUGAGGGGAUGUACGAGUGCCUGGCCAGCAGCGUAGAGGGCGAGGCGAGGACCUCGGCCUUCAUCACCGUGCUGGGUGAGGACGGGAAGCCCAACACGGAGGUGAUCAUCCUGGUGUGCACCGGGGCGGCGGCCAGCUUCCUCUGGCUGAUCCUCACCCUCAUUAUCCGCAAGCUGAGAAAGCCCAGCUAUGCAGACAUGGAGCCGGGCUACCUGUCCAUCACCAUGCCCCUGGAUGAGCAGUGCGAGCUGCUGCCCUACGAUGGCACCCGCUGGGAAUUUCCCCGAGACCGCCUGAGGCUAGGUAAAACGCUGGGCCAUGGAGCUUUUGGAAAGGUGGUGGAGGCUUCUGCCUUUGGGAUCGACAAGCGCUCCACCUGCACGACGGUCGCUGUCAAAAUGCUGAAAGGGGGGGCCUCAGCCAAUGAGAGCCGGGCCCUGAUGUCUGAACUGAAGAUACUGAUCCAUAUUGGACAUCACCUGAAUGUGGUCAACCUGCUUGGGGCAUGCACCAAGCCUGGAGGGCCCUUAAUGGUAAUAGUGGAAUAUUGUAAAUAUGGGAAUCUGUCCAACCACUUAAGGAGCAAGAGAGGAGACUUUGUGAUUUAUAAGAGCCGAGAUGGCAAGGCGGCGUCCCCGCGCCCAGGGGGCGACCUCGGCGAGCCCCCCAAGCGCCGGCUGGAGAGCGUGGCCAGCACCGGGAGCUCUGUCAGCUCUGGCUUCGUGGAGGACAAGAGCUGUGACUCAGAGGAAGAGGAAGAAGAGUCAGAGGACAUGAGCAGAAGGCCUCUGACAAUGGAGGACCUCAUUUCCUACAGCUUUCAAGUGGCCAAAGGCAUGGAGUUCCUGGCGUCCCGAAAGUGUAUCCACAGAGAUCUGGCUGCCAGGAAUGUCCUGCUGUCAGAGAACAACGUUGUGAAAAUAUGCGACUUUGGUCUUGCACGGGACGUCUACAAAGACCCGGACUACGUGCGCAAGGGCGAUGUCAGGCUGCCCCUGAAGUGGAUGGCACCGGAGGCCAUCUUCGACAAGUUGUACACGGUGCAGAGUGACGUCUGGUCCUUCGGCGUGCUCAUGUGGGAGAUCUUCUCUCUAGGAGCAUCCCCCUACCCCGGCCUGCACAUCGAUGAGGAGUUCUGCUGCACGCUGAAGGAGGGGACACGGAUGCGAGCGCCGGAUCACGCCUCUCCACAAAUAUACCAGACCAUGCUGGACUGCUGGCACAGCGAACCUGGGCAAAGGCCCACCUUCACACAGCUGGUGGAACGACUGGGGGACCUGCUUCAAGAUAAUGUGCAGCAAGAGGGUAAGCACUAUAUCCCCAUGAACACAGGCCUGCUGAGCAGAGAUACGGAGCCCCGCAGUACCCCUGUGCAGGGGGAUUCCGGGGGUACCUGGAAUGACGACGUCAUCCCUAGCAUUGUGAAGAGCAUCUAUCAGGUGACCAUGGAGGAGAAGCUGGACCAGAAUCAGGAGGGAGUGCAGUCGGGCAGCGGCAUGAUCCUGUCACCUGACGACACUGCUAUGCUACGGCCAGGCUGGGCCAGAUCAGUUCUCGGCCGGCCAUCAAGCAUCACAGCCCUGGCGUUUAGAGCAGCGAGCAGGAGCCGGGAAUCCAUCCUACAUGAGGGGCAAAGAGAACGAACCCAGCACCCUGUACCUCCUCUGGACCUCAGCCCAGACGAUGCCAGCCUGGAGCAAGCCCUGGAGUGCCACAGUCCACCCCCUGAUUAUGAUGACGUGGUCCGCUACUCUGCUCCACCCAUAUAACUACACCCACCUUGGGGAAUCCAACAUACUGACUUGGAGGCAACAACUGAAUAACCUUUCCUGCUCAACAUUAUACUCACUAUAUUGUGUGUGUGUGUGUGUGUGUGUGUGUGUGUGUGUGUGUGGUAAUGUAUGGCUGAUACAAAGCGAUGUAGCAAUACAGCAACAGGCCAAUAGCCAAGGCUACAACCUUGCAGCUAAUGAAAGAGAAGCAUCAUUAUGCAGUACAUUAAUGCAGCAACACUGCAAUAUAUAAUCUACAUCUUAUGAAUCGCUAAUCAGGCCAGAAUAUUUGGAAGAAUGUGGCUUGGUUGGGUGAAGUAAUGCUGGCCAGCCAGUGCAGAGGUGAAGGCUCAGUACAAGAUGAAAUGCGUUCAGAAUGAGCUUACUGCUCUUUGGGGAGGUUUUUGUACAAGCAGACAGCAGAGUUACAGUGCAGAAGUAGUGGAAUCGGGGAGCAGUCUUUCGCCGUCACAUGCAAACAGCAGCCUGAGACGCUGGCUGUACGCAGGUGAUGGGUGAUUUAAGGCCAGAAGGAGAGUUGUCGCUUUAUUAACGCACCGUUUGUAUUGUAAACCUGCUCUCAAAUUCUAGGCUGUUUAUUACACCGGAGUGAACUUUGCUGGGCUUCCUCCUAUUCAUGCAUCAUAGUUCUUUGAGUGGCAACAGAUUCUGGGGCGUUAGUGUUCCGGGAGAAGACAUCAGGAAUCAUGCACACAGACACUAUGACGGUGCCUGUAGCUACAGGGACAGUGAGUUACGCUUCCAUGGUAACAGAUGGUGUCCUGAUGGGAGAGAUUUAUGUGGGCUGACAGAAUUAGCAUCAGUCCCGCAGGUUAUGUCAAGAUGCAGACUUCUUCUAAGCCAGGGCCUUCUGGGCAUUCUGAGCAAUAUUUACAAAAGCAGACCUAAGAUGUGUGAUUAAUAAGAAGAAUAAGAAUAAGCUUUAUUGCCAGGUAUGUUGACACAUACGAGGUUGUAGUGACAGAACUCUACAGAACUCUACAGUUCAACAGAAAGACAGUGACAAGACAAGACAAGACACAGGUAAUAAAAGAGUUAUAUACAGAUAUACAAAGAUAUACAAAGUAGCGUGCAAAAUAGCAAGACGUGUUCUUUGGUGUGAUAAUAUAAGUGUAUAUAGAGUGUAUGUAAUCCUGAGUGCCCUGGGGGAGGUGCACAGGAACCCGGGGAGGACAUGCAAGCCCCACGUACACAGGACAACAGUCGGUGCCCAGAAGCUGCAGUACCUACUGCUGCACAUUGUAGUAGCAAGAAAUUAAUCAGCAUUGGGAGCCGCUGACAUCCGAGUGUUUUUUUAAUAAGGGGCAUUUGAGCAGCAUCGGCCCAGACUGUGCAGCGUCUGGACGUGGAAACCUUCUGUAGUAUCUGCGCAUGACCUUCGUCCCUGUGCUUAAGGCUGGCUUUGACCCUGGGGUCCCUCUGCCUCCUGUCUGUGGUCAUUUCCUCUGUGCUAUCUCUUUAAAUCUUCACAUGCUGUUGCCUUAAUUAUUCACUUUCCCAAGAAAUUGCGACAAUUAAACUGUCAGUCACCAAGAAUAUAUGCUAAUGCUCAUUUGAGAAAAUGAGCAAUAAAUGUCAUAGCUGUUAGAUCUUCAGCAUAAAACUGUCUGACAGUCCAGUCUAUUUUUUUGUGUGUGUGUGUGUUUUGCUGCUCUCUACUUCAUGUAGUGGCAUAUUGAAACCAAAAAUCGUGUUUAUGCUUAUACAAAUAUUUUGUCGUGUUCCUAAUGUCUGAAUCACUGGAAUCUGCAAAGCAGUUGUGUGGAUAACUGACCUCAAGUUGGCUGCUGUAAGUCGCCUCUGUAAAGUGCAGCCACAUCCAGGCCGGCGGCUGCUGCGUAAUGGAGGGACUUUCACCUGUUCAAGGUGAUGAGCAAAUUGGCACUAACAGCCACACCCGCCAUGCUUCCCCUCAGCUCUGCCAGCCCCCCCCCCCCUGGCCAGGCACCCUAUCGGCUUGUAGCCUGAGCUGAUCCAUGCCAGGUGUGCAGGCUCCAAACCGCCUACCAUCAGUACUUUGACAGAUGUGCCCAAUGACCAGCACGAAACGAGGUGUCCACUACUAUAAUGAGCCAGUAAAAACCAUACAAACAACCAUAAGACUAUUAUCUGAGCAGUGAAAGUGUUUUUUGUCUUAAUAUGGACUGGAAGCCCAGUAUGGAGAAUUAUAAGCACUGAUAUUAUUGUCUUUCAUAUGUAGUUUAGUUUCGUAUUUCACACAUUAUUAACCAAAAUAAUGGAAACAUUAUUAUUAUUAUUGUUAUUAUUAUUAUUAAAUAAAGAUUUAUAUAUUUAUAGACUAACUCUAA